UUUCCUUCAAUUGAUGUAGGAUAUUUAUUUUAGGCAUUUAACAAAAGAACUACCAAAAGUUCUAUUAUUUGCAUUUAAGUAAUACUCUACAUUGAUUAUAGUCAGCUGACAGGUGGACCCAGAACAAGAGUGAAAGAGAGAUUGGAGAGCGAGAGCACCAAGCCGAGCAUCACCUCCAAGUAAAUGAUUAGAAAUAGUAAAAUAUCCUACAAUAGAGUUCAUCUCCAAGACUCUCUCUGCCACCUCUCGUUCCUCCUCCUCCUCUUCCUCCUCCUCUCUUUUCACAGCUCCACCCACCAUUGAAGCAAUCAUACAAACAGUUGCAUUGCUCUCUUUCCACAGCUCGACCCACCAUUGAAGCAAUCAUACAAACACUUGCAUUGCUACAAACUCGCAUUGGCAUCAUGAUGAGAAGAACAGCAGUCAUACUCUUUAUGAUAUUGCUAUCUUCGUGCUGGAGAAGCUUCGGAAUGUUGGACCCGGCAGACUUCCUGGCCCUGCAAUCGAUCCGCAAGUCCCUCUACGACCUCCAUGGCUCUACAUUCUUCUCCAGGUGGGACUUCACCGGCGACCCCUGCACUUUCCCGGGCGUCUUCUGCUCCGGCAACCGUGUCGUCGGACUCGCCCUCGGCGACCCGCGCGCAGGCUCCCCCGGCCUCGCCGGCCGCCUCUCCCCGGCUCUCGGCCGCCUCUCUGCCCUCGCCGAGCUCUCCCUCGUCCCCGGCCGCGUCGCCGGACCCAUCCCCACCUCCCUCUCCCUCUGCCGCUCCCUCCGCUUCCUCGCUCUCAGCCACAACUUCCUCUACGGCUCCGUCCCCCCCUCCCUCGCCUCCCUCCGCCGUCUCCGCACCCUCGACCUUAGCUUCAACCUCCUCUCCGGCCAAAUCCCCCCGGCGAUCGCCGCGAUCCCGGCCCUCUCCAACCUCAUCCUCUGCCACAACCGCCUCUCCGGCCAAAUCCCUUCUUUCCCCCUCUCCUCCCCUCUCCUCCGCCUCGAUCUCAAGCUUAACUCCCUCUCCGGCGCGAUCCCCGCGCUUCCGCCGUCUCUCCGCUACCUCUCCCUCGCCUCCAACCGCCUCUCCGGCCCGGUCGACCGCGUCCUCCCCCGGCUGGCCCGGCUCAACUACCUCGACCUCAGCAUGAACAAGCUCUCCGGUCAGAUCCCCGGCCAAAUCUUCUCCUUCCCCAUCUCCUCCCUCCAGCUCCAGCGCAACGUCUUCUCCGGCCCGGUCCGGCCGGUUGGUUCGAUGCCGGCCGGGGCGACGGUGGAUUUAAGCCAUAACCGGCUGACCGGGCCGGUGCCGGCGGCACUGGCGGCGGCAGAGAGGUUGUAUCUGAAUAGUAACUGGUUUUCCGGCGAUGUCCCGGCGACGUUCGUGGACAGGGUAGUGGCGGGGGCGAUCAGGGUGCUCUAUCUGCAGCACAAUUACUUGACGGGGUUUAGGAUCAGCCCGGCAGCGACCAUUCCGUUGAGCACGUCGCUCUGUUUGCAGUAUAAUUGCAUGGUGCCGCCAUUGGACACGCCUUGCCCGGUGAAAGCCGGCCGGCGGAAGACAAGGCCGGCGGCGCAGUGUGGAUGGAGGGAGGUGUGAGGAGGAAUCCCAAGAAAAUUGUAUUAUUUUGUUUUGGAAAAUAUAAUAGAGAGAUCUUCUUCUUUUUCUAUUAAAAGAAAAAAAAAAAAGAGAGCAAGAGGCUAGGGAAAGGAAAAUAAAAUUUUGGAGAUGGAGAUUUAAUUGGUUUGGAUUGUCUAGGGUUGUUGCUAUUUAAAGUUAGUCAAAUUUAUGCAUGGAAGUGAACUGAAAAUAAAGGGCACGAUAGUUUCUCUUCUUUUGUUUUUUUAA